CCUCCGCACCCCCGCCCCCGCCUCGGCCUCGCCGCCGCGCCUCCGCAACGCCCAGUCUGCACGAGCGAGAGCUGCGCGCCGCAGCGCCAGCGGAGGACAGGGGCCGGCGGAGCGCGCAGCGCCCAGGCCCCCGCGCGCGCCCGGCCCGGCCCGCGGCCCCGCGCCAGCCUCCGCUCGGAAGCAGCCCGGGGCCCCCGGGACUUGGCGAGCUGCUGGCCUUAGGUUCUUUGUAAGGCCGUGUUCGCCUCUCUUUCUCUCGUCGACCAGGAAAAAAAAGAGACUCGCCAACCAAGGCGCUUCGGCCUCUUGUUCAUUGAGAAAAAAAAAAAAAAAAGGAAAGGAAAGGAAAAAAAAAAAAAAAGAGGAAAUACUCCGCGUGCGCUUCUAUAAGGGAGGUCAUCUCUCUAGCCCGGAAUCCGGGAGGAUUCCAACGGUGGAGGAUUGGGUUCCAAAUUUUCCCGUGGUUGUUUUUCUCCUCCCACCGAUUACUUGGAAGUUGGACUGAAGCAGAGUUCGGAAAGAAGGGAAAAGUUUGCAUCGGGACUGGAUUUAUUUGCACAUCGCAGAAAGAAGAGAAUCCAAGGGAGAGGGGUUGGUGCAAAGCCGCGAUCACGGAGUUCAGAUGUGUUCUAAGCCCGCUGGAGUGAACACACCACCAAGACCUGAUGGAGGCCGGAGCUCAGAGUGGCAACGGGUCGCAGCCUUUGCUGCAGGCGUCCCAUGACAGUGGCAGGCAGCGUGGGGAGCCGGACCCCAGAGAUGCCCUUACCCAGCAGGUACAUGUCUUGUCUCUGGAUCAGAUCAGAGCCAUCCGAAACACCAAUGAGUAUACAGAGGGGCCUACUGUGGUCCCAAGACCUGGGCUCAAGCCUGCUCCUCGCCCCUCCACUCAGCACAAACACGAAAGACUCCAUGGUCUGCCCGAGCACCGCCAGCCUCCCAGGCUCCAGCUCUGGCAGGUCCAUUCAUCCAGGGCCCCUCUGUCCAGGUCCAUCAGCACCGUCAGCUCAGGGUCUCGGAGCAGUACAAGAACAAGUACCAGCAGCAGCUCCUCUGAACAGAGACUGUUAGGAUCAUCGUUCUCCCCCGGGCCUGCUGCUGAUGGGAUAAUCCGGGUGCAGCCUAAGUCUGAGCUCAAGCCUGGUGAGCUUAAGCCACUGAGCAAGGAAGAUUUGGGUCUGCAUGCCUACAGGUGUGAGGACUGUGGCAAGUGCAAAUGUAAGGAAUGCACCUACCCAAGGCCCCUGCCGUCAGACUGGAUCUGUGACAAACAGUGCCUUUGCUCAGCCCAGAACGUGAUUGACUAUGGGACUUGUGUGUGCUGUGUGAAGGGUCUCUUCUAUCACUGCUCCAAUGACGAUGAGGACAAUUGUGCUGACAACCCUUGUUCUUGCAGCCAGUCACAUUGUUGUACUCGAUGGUCGGCCAUGGGUGUCAUGUCUCUCUUUUUGCCUUGCUUAUGGUGUUACCUUCCAGCCAGGGGUUGCCUUAAAUUGUGCCAGGGGUGUUACGAUCGAGUGAACAGGCCUGGAUGCCGAUGUAAAAACUCAAACACAGUUUGCUGCAAAGUUCCCACUGUCCCCCCCAGGAACUUUGAAAAGCCGACAUAGCAUUAUUAAUCAGGAAUAUCAUAGUAAUAAGGAUUGUUUCCCCUCUCUCUCUCUCUCUCUCUCUCU